AUGUUAUUUGUGACACAGCUUACGGCCGAGGACGAGACUAUUCUGCAAAUUCUCACCAACGUGGGAUUAAGUUUUUCCAUUACCGGAAUACUUUUGACAGUUAUAGUGUAUUCCUUCAUCACGUAAGUAUCAACCAUGCAUACGUCUAAAGAACUUAUUCUUUAUUUGAUUUUAAAGAUUUUUGACUUAAAUUACAUCAAUACGCGAUAAAAAAAAAUGAAUUAAUGGAAUUAAUGAUAAAUAAUUACGGCAGAAACGAAUAAUGACAAUUAAAAUCUGAAUCUCUAAGCGACAGUGAUUUAAAUGCCUUAACUGGAACAGUACCACAUGAAAUUAGACGCAUGCGUUGCCAAAUAAUGCUUUUUUUUGGUUUUUUGUUUGUUUGUCUUUUUAAUUUUUUCUUUUGCUUCGCCAGAGAUGUUCGUCAGCCUCUUUCUCAAAUACGAUUGAGUCUUUCUGUGUCACUCGGAGCUGGUCAAAUAAUCUUUCUCGCCGGUAUAAACGCCACGGAAAACAGGGUAAAUGACUUCUUCAUCCAUUCACGGUAUAUUUGCUCUUUGGGGGCUUAAGUUAUUCCGAAGAAAGGAGGAUUGAAAAAGACAAAAAUCUCCCUUUUUCUUCUCUUAGGCUUCCUGUGUUACAGCAGCAGUUCUCUCACAGUAUUUCCUAAUGGCCGCUUUCUGUUGGAUGAUGGUCGAGGGAGUUUAUCUUUAUCUGUUUGUUGUGAAAGUUUAUAACAUUGGCGACAAGAUGCACACGUAUCACGUCAUCUCAUGGGGUACUUUCAUUUCGCGUAGGAGUUUUUUGUACCUGCCUCUUUUGAAUAGCCUCUGUGAUUCUGCGUGUGAUUCUGCGUGUGAUUCUGUGUGUGAUUCUGUGUGUGAUUCUGUAUUGACCCCCUCCUAUUUCUGUUCAGGUUUUCCGAUCGUCAUGGUAGGCAUUUCACUGAGCGUUGCGGCUGGAAAAGAUGGAAUUCAAAGUUAUACCAAUGAUAAAUAGUAAGAUAAUUAUUUAGUACUUGUCUCUUCAUCUUCUGUGCCUUCCCACUCUCUCGCUUUUCGCUACAAAAUAUUUGUUGUUUUUUAUUCUGUUUCUCUUCUAGAUGUUUUGUUACCGGUAAAGGGUGUGGGUUUGGGGUUUUAUCGCCGCAAAUCUGUGUUUAUUUUAUGUUCUCCUUUUACCUUUCAAGUUGUUGGCUGUCCUCAACUAACAACCUGAUCUGGAUAUUCGUCGCAUUUGUGGCGCUCAUUGAAGUUGUGAGUUUUUGAGGCCACUUUAUUACUUUUUAUUUACCGGGAUUGACUACUCUUGAAUACUUCUUUUUUUCCCUGCUCCUUAAUCCUUAACAAAAAACAUGAAAAUUCUUCUGUUUUUGACGACCUGGCUCGAAGUUUGCAAUCUUCCCAAUUACAAUUACCUGCAUGUUUUUUUCGGCAUUUCUCAUUGUAGCAUUUAGUUCUCCUUACAUGAAGAUUUAGGGUUCAAUUCGCAGAGAGGGAUUCAGACUUUUUCUCUCGCUAACGCUUGUAACAAGACGGCUAACAUUUUUCCUCUUUUCGACGACACAUUUCACAUUUCUUUCUUUUUUCUAGCUCAACAUAUUGAUACUCAUCCGGCUCCAUAGAGAGAUGAGCACACUAGUGCAGCCAAUGGUGGAAGACAAGCAUUUCCAGCAGAUACGGUGGGAUUUUAAAUCAGCAUUUUAAAAAUUAAUACUAAUGAUCAAAAUUUAGGGAAAACAGGAUAAAGCAAUGUGAGAUAAUCGUUGUCUCAACUUUUCCUGUGGUAUGGACUUUCCUAAAUUCCACUCUAGUUAAUCUUAAAAGUGAAGGAAAAACGCUUCUAUAAAUUAGUCCACAAAACUUAUAUGGCUGUCGUUCUUCAGACUUGCCAUGAAAACAUGCGUGGUGAUGGUGCCACUGCUGGGUGUCACGUGGUUAUUUGGUCUUUUGUUACCAUUACACAAAGCUUUCGCCUACAUUUUCACCCUCUUAAACUCCACUCAGGUAAGCUUUUAACAGAAAUUGUUAAAUUUUAAUCAAAGGUUUGCAUCAAACUACACCUCAGGUAAAAAUAGACACUAACUAACAGUUGAUAAGUUAUUUCUCGAUUCAUGAGAUCUACAACGUACUUUGAAUCAAUAUUUUACCCCUCCGUUACGGUGGUUUCAAAGAUGAACAAAUGAUCAGAGCAUCAUACACCUUGAACUCUAUGCAAACUUUGUCAACAAAGACUAGCCCUACCCUACGACUUGUUCAAAACAUUAGUAUACUGACCAAUUAUAGUGAAAAAAAAAUGAUCUUAAAAGAAUAAUCUGUUUUUAGGGUUUCCUGAUUUUCGCCCUUCACUGUAUGCGAAACAGCCAGGUGAGACUGAGAAUGUACAUGAUGAAAGCGAACUGUGAAGUUUUUAGGCAUAAAUUAAACAUUUGAUUGCUUAACAACAGAUAUUUGGUUGCCUGUUCAUCUACAGAUUAGAGAGCGAUUCAAGAGGAGGAUGAACACCAUUUCUCCAUAUGCAGUCGAUGGAAACUUUACAAAGAAGGGCUCACAUGUUAAACCUAGGUGA